AUUGGCAAAAUAAAUUGAAGUGUUUACAGAUUAGUUACAGAGUGGUAACAGCAGUGGAGCUGCGGAUAUGUUUGAGUUCCACAAAUCGGAGUUUUGAGUUCUCUUUUAUUUGUUCAUCGACGCAGUCUUCUGCUUCUUUGGAGGCAGAAGGGCAUUGAUUCGUUCAAGACAGGGGAGAUUUAAAAAUGAGGAAACGGAGAUUGGUAUUUGCUUUGCUUCUUUGUUUUUCAACCUUUUGGAGGAUUGGAGCUUUCAAGUUUCACAGAGCCCAGAAAACUGAGAGAAUCUCCGGGAGUGCCGGUGAUGUACUGGAAGAUGAUCCUGUUGGAAGAUUAAAAGUUUUUGUUUAUGAGCUUCCUAGCAAAUACAACAAAAAGAUUUUACAGAAAGACCCAAGAUGCCUCACCCAUAUGUUUGCAGCAGAGAUUUUUAUGCACCGUUUUCUCUUGUCGAGUCCAGUUCGUACUCUUAAUCCUGAAGAAGCAGACUGGUUCUACACUCCUGUGUAUGCAACUUGUGACCUGACACCAAAUGGCCUCCCACUACCAUUCAAAUCACCUCGUAUGAUGAGAAGUGCUAUACAGCUGAUCUCUUCUAACUGGCCAUAUUGGAACGCAACUGAAGGAGCCGAUCACUUCUUUAUUGUGCCUCAUGAUUUUGCGGCGUGCUUUCACUAUCUAGAAGAGAAAGCUAUUGAGAGAGGAAUCCUUCCGUUGCUCCAACGUGCUACCUUGGUUCAGACGUUUGGACAGCGUAACCAUGUUUGCUUAAAGGAUGGAUCAAUCAUAAUCCCCCCAUAUGCCCCUCCACAGAAAAUGCAGGCUCAUCUAAUUUCUCCUAGCACUCCUAGAUCCAUCUUUGUUUACUUCCGAGGUUUGUUUUAUGAUGUUGGGAAUGACCCAGAAGGUGGUUAUUAUGCAAGAGGUGCGCGAGCAUCAGUGUGGGAGAACUUUAAGGACAAUCCCCUCUUUGAUAUCUCCACGGAACACCCAACUACAUAUUACGAAGACAUGCAGAGAGCUAUCUUCUGUCUUUGCCCGCUCGGAUGGGCCCCAUGGAGUCCUAGACUGGUUGAAGCAGUUGUGUUUGGCUGCAUCCCUGUUAUCAUAGCUGAUGACAUUGUCUUACCUUUUGCUGAUGCAAUUCCAUGGGAAGAUAUUGGUAUUUUUGUAGCAGAGAAGGAUGUCCCUAAGCUGGAUACAAUACUAACCUCGAUUCCAAUUGAAGAGAUACUAAGGAAGCAAAGAGUACUAGCCAAUCCAUCUAUGAAACAGGCGAUGUUGUUUCCACAUCCUGCUCAGGCACGGGAUGCCUUCCAUCAGAUAUUGAACGGGCUCGCUCGUAAGUUGCCUCAUGACAGGAGUAUUUACUUGAGAAGUGGUGAGAGCAUAUUAAACUGGACUGCAGGACCUGUGGGUGACCUUAAACCUUGGUAGCUAGUCUUCUUGUCGUAUGUUCAAACUCACCUGUAUCAAAUCCAUUUCCCAUCAAAUGUAUUGAUUAAUGUAAAUUUCCCAUUCAAGUUCAAAUCUUGAUGUAGCUGUUGUUGGUUUGUUUUAGAGACAAUGCAGCUUUUGAUGUACAAUUAGUUUUUACUUCAAACUGGUGUUAGGGCACUGAAGAUUUUCAUCUGGUAUGGAGGCAGCUGGCAUUCAUCAGUUGUAACUUGUAAGCUGUUUGACUUUUCUUCAACUUUUAACUGUUUGAGCUA